CAAAUUUAAAUUGAUAAAAUGCGUUCGGCUUAUAUUGCUAAGCUUGGCUUCGUAACUUUGCUAUUCGCAGCAAAUGGACCUUUUACCCAGGCACAUCACCACUCAGAGCUUCAGCUCAGGUUUCUCAAUGGCUCCUCACAGGUGCGGUCAUCAUACGACUAUGUGAUUGUUGGCGCAGGAACAGCAGGCUUGACUAUAGCUGAUAGAUUAACAGCUGAUGGGGAGUCUACUGUCCUUGUGGUAGAAAAUGGGGAUAUAGUCGACUCGCCUAGGAUUAGGCAGGUGUAUUCUGGCGCUGCCGCCAUGGGACCAACGUGGUCGUAUCAGAUCAACUCUGUUCCUCAGGCAAAUCUGAAUAACCGGAGCACGGCGGUUCUCGCCGGGAAUUUGGUCGGUGGUAGCUCAGCUAUUAAUGCUAUGAUGACUGUUCGAGGAACAUCGGAGGAUUAUGAUCGAUGGGGUGGCUUUUUCGGUGAUAACUCUUCUUGGUCUUGGGAUGGUUUGUUACCAUAUUUAAAGAAGGCCCUGAAUUUUGUGCCUCCCGAUCCGGCUGUGGCGGAGUUGGUGAAUAUUACUUACGAUACCUCGUAUUGGGGCAAUAGUUCUGGAGUAUAUGCGGGAUGGCCUUACUUCCAAUGGCCUGGUUUAACUACGCAGAUCGAGGCGUUCAAGGACAUACCCGGAGUCGAAUUCCCCCCUGAUAGCGGCGCAGGCAAAGCAGGCGUGUACUGGUUCCCAACUUUCAUGGACCCUAAACUGGUCCAGAGAUCGUAUGCCAGGACUGGGCAUUUUGACGGGAUUAAUAGAACAAACCAUGACGUCGUCACAAAGUCACAUGUGACAAAAAUUCUCCUUGAGGAUGGGACGGCUACUGGAGUAGUUUUCAGGCAGAAAAUUGGGAACGCUACGACUCACAUCACCGUCAAGGCCAAUCGUGAAGUUAUUCUAUCCGCCGGAGCGAUUCAUUCUCCACAAAUAUUGCAACUUAGUGGUAUCGGACCCCAGAAGCUGCUUCAGUCUGCGGGCAUAAACACAAGUGUCGACCUACCUGGCGUCGGCCAGAACUUCCAAGAUCACCCGAUGAUGUUUAUGAGCAUCGUGCUCGCAAAUUUCACGACUCAUCCAAGUCCAUCAGAUAUGUUUGGCAAUCCGAACUUCACAGAUUGGGCGGAGGAGCUAUGGAAGGCCAACAAGACGGGUCCGUACUCCAUGGGUAUAGGGAACGCUGCGGCGUGGCUGGGCAUGCCAGUAAUCUCGCCAGAGAGAUUUGAAAGCAUAGCGUCCAAGCUGGAGAGCCAAGAUCAUGCCGCUCAUCUACCCCCAGAAACCGACGAGACAGUAAUUGCUGGCUACAGCGCACAGAUGAAAAACAUGGCAUCGUCAAUUCGUUCUUCGAAUACGGCAUUCUAUAACCACGUUUUAUCAGGGGGUGGAUCAUCGGGCUCCCUAAUAGACCUACACCCGUUGAGUAGAGGCACGGUGAACAUCAACACGACCGAUCCUUUUAACACAGAACCAAUCGUCGAUUACCGGGCGCUCAGUAACCCCAUCGACCUUGACGUGAUGGUCGAGUUCCUUCGGUUCACCAAGCGUUACUUCUUCGAGACGCGACUAAAGGAACUGAUCCCCCGGCAAGUACAGCCACCCGACUACGUCAACGAGCCAGAAGACCUGGCCGGCUUCCUGGCCGAGAACCUCAGCCCCUCGGAGUUCCAUCCCUCGGGCACGUGCGCCAUGAUGCCCAGGGAACUGGGUGGUGUUGUCGACGAGAGUCUGAAAGUGUAUGGCGUGAAGAAUCUUAGGGUCGUCGACGCCAGCAUCAUGCCCACCUUACCAGGGGCUAACACUUGCCAAACUGUGUAUGCCAUCGCGGAAAAGGCGGUCGAUCUCAUCAAAGCUGACCUGCAACUUGGCCAAGCACCUAAUUAGGUAGCUUGAAUCCUGCACGAUGCAUGUUGCAAAUAUGAGCCACGUAUCAAAUAGGAAUCUUCAACUUGAUACGAGGUAUCGAAACUCAUAUGAAUCCAUUGGCAAUGUAUAUCAUUUUGGAGACACACUCGAGGUCAUGUAAAAUGGUCUUUUUAUUGACACCAUCGAGCAUACCCAGCCGCUAGCUAGCAAGGUAUGUUUAUAGCUUACGGAAACAUUAAUCAUGUCUUAGCCGAACU